AUGGGGUACAAUAUUUCUAGGGCCCCUUCUCGGCUCCCCUCACGGACCUGCCGCCCCACCGACGCCGCCCCUGCAACAGCAGCCGUCGCCGCCCCUGCAGCGGGAGCCACCACCGCCGGUGCCGCCGACAGCAACGGCCGCCGCCGUUACUCCCGGGGCCGCAGCCGCCGCAGCCGCCACCAGCAGCAGCCGCCGCCACCACAGCCGGGACCGCAGCCGCCGCAGCCGCUGACUGCAGCCGCCGGUGUGCCUCGGCCCUGCAAACGCGCCUCGACCUGUCCCUGCCGGUGCGCCUCGGCCCGUCCCUGCCGGCGCGCCUCGGCUCUGCCUGCGCGCCUCGGCCCGUCCCUGCCGGUGCGCCUCCGCCUUGCCCGCUACUCUUCCCCUGCCACUGCUGCCCUUAGCCGCCUCAUGCUGCCGUACCUAUUUCCUGACCUCGCCGCCUUUCCCACAGUCGCUGACCUCAUUACGCACCUUCGCACUAGUGACACCCGCUACCGCGCUGCGCUUCCUGCUGAGGGUGCCCCCCCUCCCCCCUUUUGCCCUCUGUUGCCUCUGCUGCUGCCGACUACUUCGUUGGCAUCGAGUCGGUUGGCGCUGCGUCUGCCCCUAGCGGGAGACGCCGCACCGGCAAGGGCAAGGGGGGCAAGGGCGCUGGAGGGGCUGGCAGGGGUGGUGGAGGUGGCGGUGGAGGCGGCGGAGGGAGUGGGGGUGGCAGUGGGGGUGGUGGCGGGGGUGGGGGCUUCGGUGGCGGCGGUGGAGGCGGAGGCGGCGGCGGCGGUCGCGGUGGGAGCGGAGGAGGUGGUGGUGGCGGCGGUGGCAGAGGUGGCGGUGGUGGAGGCGGAGCUGGUCGGGGUGGCUCUGCGCAGCGGGGCGGCUUCGGUGGUGGUUAGCGCCAGCAGCAGCAGCGCACUCGUGAGACCCCGCCCCCCCAUCAGCUUCGUGAGUGGUACGCUGCGCGUCAGCAGGGCGGGGGUGCUGGUCCUUGUGCCUACGUCCUGCGUACCGGCGACCGCACUGGGCGAGCUGCUUAGGUCGGGGGUUGCUAUCUUUCAUCUGGAUUAUGAUGCUAUUCUUUCUGCCAUGUAUGUUGUGUCUACUAGUGAUGAGGGUGACUGUUACCUGUGUGUUCCGCCUGACCCGGGCAUUGAGGCUGCUGCUCUAGGUGCUGGUGAGGCUGCUGCUCUAGGUGCUAAUGCGUCUGCUGCCCCAGGUGCUGGUGAGUCUGCUCUCUCAGGUACCACGUCGGCUCAGGCCGUACACACCUUCACCCUUGACUCGGGUGCUUCCCGCUCCUUCUUCCGAGACCGCACCACGCUUACGCCGCUUAGUCGGCCGGUUGCGUGGCCCCCUCUGGCACCCUAUCAGGUCUCUACCUCCCCUCAUUCUCCACGAACUUG